UGCUUCCUCUUUCUUGUAUGACAAGAACGUUGAAGUAAGAAGGGAGCCAAAUUCUAGAACAGAAACCAAAAGGACAGAAUUUAUAGGAGGAAACCAUUACAGUGACUACUGAUGUUAGUUCAAUGACUUUGAAGUGAGAGAACUAGGAUAAUCUUUCCCAACCCAGGAAAAGGCAGAAGCCAGGAAUUGACUUCAAGAUGUUUAAGAAUGAUGACAAUGACCACAAGCUAAAUGUGGAGGCUAUGAUUAAAAAUAUUAACACAAUUUCUUUGGAGUUAAAGAAGAUGAAAGAGCUCUCCCAGUUAUUGCUUUGUGAUCUUACUCUGCAUUUUAAUCAACCCAUGAAGACAGAUGACUUAAAGGAAACAGAAAGAAACAACUCCCUCUCAGAAGAGUCUGAAAUAACAGACAUAUCCCUGUCUUCCAACAUUUAUUCUGUCUGAUGACUUAUUUAUUUGCUAUGAAUUUAACUAUUUACUA